AUGCUUGGUGCUGUUGCAUGGGAUCCCAUGAAUCCUUUGGCGGAGCCGCGGGAAUUCGCUGUCAACCUUGCGGCAAACGUCUUUGUUUUGGUCGCAGUGCUCAUGCUCAUCUGGAAAAUCGUAAAAGUUUUGUGCAGUGCCAUUCGAUUCGCAGUGCGCCGGUUGGUUAAAGUUUCAAUCGUGGCCAAUGCCUCUCCGAAGCCUGUGCCCUAUCCAGGUUCAGGCCCCCAUCCAGGUUCUGCGCCCUGUCCAGGUCCUAGCCUGAGAGAUUAA